GCUCCCACCGCCCCAGCCCAAGUAGCUUCGAAAGCUCCCACCACCCCAGGUCAGGUCGAGCCCAAACCACCACCCGUAUGUUCAUGCCACCACAACCUAUACAAACACCCGCAAUUGGCUAACCAAGGGCGAAGCAAAGGAAAGAAAACAAAAAUGCCCGGCGCAACCCCCCGCUUCUGGGCCACCCCCCUCAAAUACUGCCGCUGGGCCGCCCGCGAGCGCCCUUCCCUCUUCUGGUCCUGCGUCAUCGCCGGCUUCGGCCCUCUGCACCUCAUCGUCGUCCCUCCUGUCCGCCGCGCCCUGGGCGACUAUGACGCGCCUCAGAUCCCCAUGACUUAUCCCGUGCCAACUACGCCGAGGAAGAAGUUGACGGGAUACGGGGACGAGACGGAGUAAUGGGACGAGACGAAUGAACCGAGAAGGAAACAUCAAGGAAGCUGAGGGAUGGGAGGCAGAAGAGGGGAUUGAACAUUGGAACCGAAAAACCGAUACGAUAUGAUGGGCGUACAUGAGGUCCAGGCCGAGAGAGGGAGCAAUGGAGACAGACAGAAAGAGUGGAAAAGAGAAGCUGUAUCAAUUGUACAUAUUGGCGUUUAUAAACGGGCAGAGAGGGUGGUCUAAUACGAAUAGACGUGUUUUCAAAGACAUGAGGUCAUAAACCGGUAAACCAAAAGCCAUAUUGCAGAAUGGGU